AACAAGGGAGUGGCCAAAGAUUCCACAUUCUUACUUUCUGUGUCCGUCAUAGACAUUCAGGCAGCACUAACAGCAUGAGGGGCUGGGAUUGACAACAACCAGAGAGCUAUUAAAAAUACAAAAAUAAAUAUUAAAUCAACAAGCACAGAGGAGACAAGCUGAUGAAGAGGUGAGAGAUUAAUUAAGUAUCUAUCCCAAACCACAGUAAACUGACCACAGGAUUACAGUCAACAUGGUUACGCUGGACUUCAGGGCACUGACGGUGCCCGUGGGCAUUGUGCGGAUACUGGAGGUGAUCUUCACCUGUCUCUCCUUCAGCCUGGUGGCAUCAGUGGGUCACAGCACUGACUCCUUCUGGACGUGGUGCAUGUUCACAUGGUGCUUCUGCUUCUGCGCCACCUUACUCAUACUCUUCCUGGAAUUCUUCAGUCUCAGCACUAAGUUGCCCAUCUCCUGGGAUGACUUCACUACCGCUUUUGCCAUGUUGGCUACUCUAAUGGUGCUGGCAGCAUCCAUCAUCUAUCCCGUCUUCUUCACUUGUGCUAACUGCGGCAAACAGAUUGGUGCCACUAUUACUUCCUGUCUGGCCUUCAUCCUGUACGCCACUGAGGUUGGGCUGACCCGGGCUAAACCUGGCGAGAUUAGUGGAUUUCUGUCCACAGUUCCAGGCCUCCUCAAGGUUCUGGAGGCCUUUGUGGCCUGCAUCAUCUUCACCUGCUUGGACCACAACAAGUACUCAAAUUUUCCAGGACUCCAGUGGUGUGUUGCUGUUUACUCCAUUUGCUUCAUUUUUGCCCUCAUUGUCAUCAUUUUUACCAUCUGCCGCCUUCUGUCUCUCUUCCCCGUACCAUUUGACAAAGUCCUGACAGGCUGCAAUGUGUUGGCAGUGUUGAUGUACAUGACAGCUGUGGUUGUCUGGCCGUUGUACAGUUUCCACAACAACCCCAAGCCGAGCAACUGCUCGACAGCGGUUAUAUGUCCAUGGAAUAAUUUAGUGGUUAUCUCUUUCAUGACCUGUUUCAACCUUGUUGCUUACAUUGUGGAUACUGUUUAUUCUUUUAAGCUGGUCUUCUUCAUCAGCAGAACAUAGGUUGCAAAUAUGCCUCAUCUUUCAGCUGUUGGCAAUCUUUGAAGUCCACUUGAACUCAAAGAUUGAACAUGAGUAGGAGAGCGGUAUGUACUGUAAAGCAUCCCAACAUUUUAUUUCACCAGACAUUUCACUGAUGUUUUCAUGAUGACCCAACACAAUCUGGUUUGUUGUGGAUUUGAUCUAAGUGGGAGUAACCUUUAUCUGUCAUGAUGAUGCAUUCUCUGAGGACUUGAAACAACAGUGGCUGUCUAAUUUUUAACUGUAGAAGGAUGUAAUCCCAAUCUUCUCUCUCCCUUUUUCUUCCUCCAUGAUUUUGGAUCCGUAUUAAUUCUCUGAUUUUGAUACAGCAUUUAUAUAAUCGUGUUAGUCUAAUUUGCAAACUUAUUUAGUUUGUAUUCUUGUCAACCUCAGCAUGUGAAAAAUGAAUAAAAUGUGAUCAAAGUUAUUGUGCAUGCUUCCAUCACUAUGGGUGUUUACUAUUAUUGAGUUGUUUCAGCACCUCAGUAACAAAUUACAAUCAUAAGUGAACAAAUUAAUCAUGAAUGAAUAAUAUGUUUAAUGUUUAAAUAAUCUGCUUAAUGGUUAAACAGGUAUAGUGGGACCCACCCUGUCCUUCACAAAGGAUGUUUGCAAAGGAAUAAUAAAUCAAGAGAAUUCAAGGAAAGGGGGAUUUUCCUUAGGAUGUCGCCUUCACAUUGUGCUGGAGAUUAUCUUCUGAUCAAGGCUUAUGUUGAGGACCAGAGUCCAGUGUGUCGGGAGGUGGACAUGAUAACAGCCAAGUAUCCAAUCCAUGGAAUGAAACAGGGGCCAUAAACAGGACAGAUAAGCCCAGUAUGCUGUGUUUGAAUAUACAUGACCACACUUUGAGUUUCAGUUUCAAACAGCACACCUGUUCGGGCUCUUGCCUACAUGGAUUUCUUCAACAGGAUCUUUGCUGUACUGAGGAAUGCAAUGAGCCUCAACUAACUUUGGAAACAAAACAACUUUAUUUUUUACGUCAUACAGAUCAUCCUGUCCAGCCAUGAUCCAUGUGGAUUUGCGAUCACUCACCCAGCCUGUGGGCAUCAUGCGAACAAUGGCGACCAUCCUCACUUGUAUGUCUUUUAGCCUGGUGGCAACGGUGGGACACAUCCCAUCUCCAUACUGGGUGUGGUGCAUGUUCACCUGGUGCUUCUGCUGCUUCUUCACCUUUCUCAUUCUCAUCCUGGAGUUCACCACUGUCAAUACCAAAUUACCUUUCGCCUGGGAUGACUUCACCGCUGCCUUUGCUAUGUUGGCGAGCCUCAUGUGCCUUGCCGCCUCCAUCAUCUACCCCACCUUUUUCAGCUGCAUCACCUGCCCCCGCCAGAUCAGUGCCUCUGUGGUGUCCUGGGUGUGUUUCGGUGUGUAUGCAGGCGAAGUGGCCUUAACUCGCCUUCGUCCAAGUGGGCAGAACAGUGGGUUCCUCUCCACGUUGCCUGGCAUAAUGAAGAUGCUGGAGACGUUCCUCGCCUGUCUCAUCUUCACAUCCCUGGAAAAAGACCAGUACUUCGGCUCCCCAGGACUGCAGUGGUGCGUGGCCGUGUACUCCUUGUGCUUUAUCUUUGCCAUCCUCAUAAUCCUGUUCACCCUUGGACAGCUGACCUCUUUUUUUCCAUUCUCCUUUGACAAGCUAGUGAUCAUCUAUAACAUUUUGGCAGCAGUGAUGUAUAUGACAGCUGUGGUGAUCUGGCCACUGUAUAGUUUCCACACCAAUAACUGUGUCCCCCUCUGCGACUGGAAUAAACUGGUGGUGGUCA